AUGUUCUUCAACAAGGCCAUCGGUGCUCUCGCCCUCGCCCUCGCCCUCAUAGGCUCCACCAAAGCAGCCCCCACCCUCAUCGAACGAGUCACCCCUUGCACGGCCAACUACCGCAUAGCAGAGCUCAACGGCGUCGCCCCGGCCUUCAGCGACCAAACUCCAGGAGCAACAGCCAAGUUCCUCCAGCAGCUUCCCCUGAAGCCCGACGCCCACCUCAUCCUCUACAUCGACGGCGCGCCUGGCAUCACCGUCGCGCCAGACGCCAGCACCGUCCGUGAUUUCGCCUUGGGCGUUCGCCAGCUCUUCUACAAGGUCUAUCCGACGUCUUCGCCAGCAUCGACCGACUAUGGAAAUGGCACCACCCACACCGAGCUUGAAAUUAUCACGGGCGUCCUGCAUACGAUCGCGCUGCCACUCAAUAUCCACGCCGGCAUGAACUUCAACUACGACCUGGCCGAUUGCCAGAUCAAGACGAUUCAAGGGUUCUUGACGAUCCCGUCGGCCGUGGGAGGUGUGCCUGUCAACCGACAAGCAGUCGCAAACGAACUCCUAGCCGCGGGGAAUGCAGGUUUAUGA